UAAGCUAUUUCUGAACAUUUGAAGUAGAGCUUGCAAUUCUCGCAAUUCAUCUGGUAUUCGGAGGAGUUUCCCUAAUAUGAGUUUUCUUUCUUAAGCGUGUUUGUUCUGACAAAUCGAAAAUAACCAAAACAUUUUUUACACGGGUGAAUGCUGCAUGCACCGGCCGCACAAACGUAAUAAAAGCAAUAACAGUGAUUGCGUUUUUAAUAGAUUUAAAACAAUUAUAACAUCAUGAAUACGGCCAGGUUUAGACUUUUGAUAAACAGAUCAAAAUACUUUCCACGUUUAUACACCACAGAUGCAGGUUUUGGCAAUUUACACGAGGCCACUAAGUUUUAUUCACCGCUAUUCAAUAUGAACGAUUCUACCAUGUAUAAAUACCUCGCUAAACACAGCUUUCUGAUGGAUUUGAGCCCGACUGAUAUAAAAAGAAAAGUUAGCUACCUAAAAUAUAUAAAUGCAGACAAUAGUGAAAUACUAGCAUAUCCCAAGCUGUUAACACUUCAUUUGAUCACGAUAGAAAAUCGUACAACAAUAUUGAGAGAAUGUGGUUUAGUAGAGACAUUGAAUUUACUUACAAUAUCUAAGUACAUCACAAUUAUAAAAAAGACAAUUGAUACUCUCAAAAAGAACAAACUUAUUCCAGCAGAUUUGGAUAUGGUGGAGCAACUUAAAAAACAGUUUGAUACUGGAGUAUUCCCCGACAUAAAAUCUUCUGCCGAUUUAGAGCUACAAUCCUUAAGAGAAUUAUUUAUGGAUACGUUUUUGCGCCAAAGGCUCAGUCUUAAUGAUCAAGAGAGUGCUAAGCUAUGGAAAUCAUACUCUAAAAUAAAACAUAAAAGUUUUGGACACACACAACGAGUAUUGGAUAUUCUACAACACGACUAUAAAUUUAGCAGAGAUAAAAUAGUGGCGAACUUCUUUCUUCUCUACGCCGAUCCGGAAAAUUUGUUACGUUUUCCAAACACCGUACCGAAAAUAGCAGACGUCAGUAUUCGGGAGCUGGUAUUGAAACAACCAAAAAUUCUGAUGGUUCCCUGUGAUAACGUGAAAGAAAUACAAACUCUUCUUCAAGAACAUGGAAUUGCCGAAGCGGGAGUAUUGAAAUUUUCAUCUAUUCUAACGCUGGCUCCUGCAUCAAUUCUAGCCAGAAUUCAGCAACUUCGUAAAACAAAAGAAUUCGAAGUCUUAUCUAACCAUCCAAGGAUAGUCAAGCUAAUAGCUUUCCAGAAAAAGGCUAUCGUUAGGUUGGAUUUCCUUCAUCAACUCAAAGUGCGCUGCGCAUCUUUAAACGUGCUAUCAAGUCAUUCACAGUGCUUUGAAAAAUACGUUAGGGAUGGUUAUGAUCGAACGAAGGGAAAAGAUGUUGCUCACUAUUUAAACGAAAUAUUCGAUAGGAAUGAUGAUGACGCUCUCCAACGUUUGAAACGUCACCAGAACUGGUAUCAUGUUCCGAUAGUGCAAAUGCAGGAAUCGUUGGAAUACCUCAAAUCGAAAAGCUUUAAAAUAGAUCACAUUUACGAGAAUAUGUACCUUUUGUUAUACCCCGUGACACGAAUAAGCGAAAAAUUGGAAAAAUUAAUUGCUUGCAAGUAUCAACAAGAACCAUACGAAGAUCUGGGUAUUGAGCUGUCGAAUGUUACUCCAGAACAGAUGCUGUCGCUGUGUUUGUAUUUGGUGGAAUUGGAUUUUCAUUUCACUGGUGAUGGAGUUUGGCCAGAUCAGAUCCAGCAGAGUGAUGCAACAACUACUACGAACAUCGAUAUGCCGCAGACAUUGAAGAAAGAAUAUAAAUACGGCAAAAAAGCUCCAAAAAGCACUAUUUCAGAUUAACACUUUCUAUUAAUGUUAAUUAAAUUUAAAAAUAGCUUAAAUGGAUGUUUCGGAUCAAUAACAUUAUUGUUUGGGAAAUGAUCGGUAAACUAUAUUCCGUACAGAAAUCGAAUGCAGGCGGAAUCUUUUGAUUUUUCAUAUUUUGAAAAAAAUAUGUAUGUACUUACCAAAUUUUUCUUCAUCCUUCGUCUAGUAAACUAAAUACGCGACCCAGAAGUUGAGCUGCGCGUGUUAGUACUCUUGCUGCUUCGAGAGCUUCGCUUGUUGACGCUGCUACCUGCGGUGGCUGUUGGAACCGUAAGUACUGCGGGAGUCGAACGUGUUUCUAUCUCUUUUUCGCGCAUUGGAGUAGAUACGGCGGGUUUAAUGACUGCAGGUAGUAGCUGCUGGUGUUGCCUCGUUAUCACAUCCUGCAAGCUAGCCUCGAUAAGGGUAGUGCUUUCAUUGAGCAAAACACGAGCUGCUGUUGGAGAACAAAUAUCUACUCUAUUGAGCAUGACUGCAUUCGUACAUAUAAGCAUUAGUUCGCGCUGAUAUUCCGCCGUGCUACGAAUGGUUCCGUUUUCGAUGUUUUUCUUUAUUAUUGACAAAUCCAUUGGGCGAUAGAUAAGUUCCGAGAUAUGUUCUUCGGGUAAUGGUUUUGUAAAACCUGAUGCA